GUUGAACUCCAGCUAGAACAAAAAACCAGCUCAUAAAACCGUCAGCUCCGACACGUAGGUUAGCGUUUUAUUGCCUUGGACCAGGGACAGAGGGUCUGUGGGGGAUGCAGCGUUGAUAAGCAAACCCUUCUGAGUGUGCUGUGUGCUGGUUCUACUCUGUGACUUCUCAGUUUGGGCAAAAUUCAGCCACUUACAUCUUUGCAAUGCUGUUUGAAAAUGAAGCCACGCUGCAGAAGAGGCAGGAAUGGACUAACGGCGAUCUUUACCAGGCAUUAGGACAACUCCUGUCGAAAGACGAGCCUGAUGUUGUACUGAAUGCUGCUGGAGUCAUGGCGUCAUUGGUUGAGACGCCAUCAGGACUCCAGUGGCUGCUUCAGGACCCUAUAGUUUUCGGUCAAGUAAUUGAGAGAGUCACCUGUCUUCUGAACCACGAGAGAGAGAGAAUGGUUAACACGGCAGCUCUCAUUCUAGCACGGCUCUCUCUGUAUGAACCGGCCUGCCAAAAGCUUCUAAGUCAUCCUUCAGCCUCAGUGAUUUUCAGACGUUUAGUCCAGUGUCUGACUCACAGCCGCACAGACACUGCUAUGAAUGCGUCCUUCACUAUUGGCUGUUUGUGUGGGAAUAAACAAAGCACAUGCCUCAUUCUGGCUGAAGCCAAAGAGCAAAAGCUGGUUAGUGGUCUGGAGGUGCUGUUGUCCAAUGGGGCGGAGUCAGAGGCUGGGCAAACAGCUUGCUUUGCAUUGAGUUGUCUGGCAUCUAAGGAUGAUGGACAUGCCUUGUUAAUGGAGAGCCCAUCCUUACCUGGUUUGUUGGACGGUCUGCUAGGUUUAUUGAAAAGUGAAGACAGAGAUAGCGCUUGGUUUGCUGCAAUGACAGUGAGAGAGUUCGUGUCUCGACCAAAUGGAGUGACUCGGGUUAGAAAGCACAACGCUUUGGAGGAUCAACUGAAGCUUCUCUCUGUGUCUCCAUCAACGGGCUCGGAGCUGCAGGAGGAGCUUAGCGCAUGCCUGAGGAAGCUGAAGCGCCUGCCUAAACCAUCCCCUGUUACUGUCCAACAUCAGUCAAUGGCCUGCAUUGCAUCAUGGGAGAGACUGGAGCCUGAAAGUGGCCUAGAAGUUACCUAUAGUCUCUUUGAUGGAGAUACCCUGUUGUACCGUGGCCCACGGUGUCAAAUCACUUUACCUCAUUCCCAUUUCCAGCACAAACACAGUAAAUCUCUGUCUCUACGGCUUAAUCUCUCUACGUCAGAUGGUGACACGAGUCCCUUUAGUGAACUUGUGGAGAUAAGGGUGAAAGGGGUGGAGCUUAGACCGGGUCCGCCACAGGAUCUGUGUGUUAUCUCCUGCACAGCUACUGAGGUGCGACUAAAAUGGGCGGAGCCAGAAGGGGUCAUCAAGCCGGGAUCAUUCCAGGUUUACUGUGACAAUGUGCUGCUGGAGACCACCACAGAACUGGAGACUAUAGUGAGAUCGCUGUCUCCCAGCACUACAUACACAAUAAGCAUUUGUGCACUGGGUCCAGGAGACACAAGCAGUUCCCGGUGUAGUGUUACUAUUCAUACUGCAGAUGGACAAGAUCACGCUCCCAGAGGCCUGGUGGUUGCUGUGUUGGGAUGCCACAAGCUACAAAUCUUCUGGUCUGCUCCAGCGGUGCCACUCGGUCGCCUCAUGUCAUACGAGCUACGUCUGAACGGGUGUGUGGUAUACAUGGGCAGUGAGUGUGGGCACAUGGCACGCCAUCUUACCGCCAACACACUAUACACCUGCACGGUGACAGCCAUCACCUCCAGGGGGCGCUAUGAGUGCCGGGCUGUCACUAAACGCACCGCCAAGAAUGAACAUGUAAACAUGAACAGGUUGCCACCUCUGAUGGUGCAAUCACACAAUCCCGAGAAAAACAAAUCUUCCAGGGUGACGUCUGAGGAGAGUUUUGUUGCUGAGUUGGAUGCUAAUGCACAGUUAAGCAAUACCAAAGACAGUUCACAUACAGGUAUGGUUCCAUCCGAGCGCCAUAUACUGCUACGCCGAGGGUGUAAAGAACACACACCUUGGUCGUCUUCACACCCCGUACAUCCCAGAUCGAAAAUCAACCGAGUUGUACUGCUAGACUGUCAAGCUGAAAAAGGAGACAAAGGGAGGCUUCCUCUUAUCAACCAACAGAUAAAUCAGAAUGUAAGACUCCUCCAGCCUGUCUCUUAUAACUGGUGUGAUGUUACUCGUACAGAUCACCAGCAUGACACACACAGAAAAAGGCUUGUGAUGGGGUCAAGAGCGAACAGUCGGCUGAAAGGACGAUUUUGCCCGAGCAUUUCACAGAGUGGAACCAAGCUUUCAUAAAGACUUUAUAAUUUACUCUGUAGCUGUUGCCAUAAAAUAUUCCCUUCUGGAUGCAGUGAAAGGGAUUUUUAUAUCCUGGUGGGAAAAAAACGAUCGCAUUAUUCAGUUUGUACAAAUGCUUUUGUUAUAUCUUAACAAAAUGUUUAGUUAUUUUGAAUGCAUCAUAGAGAAAUAAAAAUAAUCUCAGUGUGUCUUUAACACCUUUUA